AGGAUACACGACGUAAACAAAACAGUCCCGUCUCUUAUUUUCUUUCCGAUCUAGAUUAGAUCUAGAUCUAAUAUCUAGAUUUACUAGAUGUAAAACAAAGUAGGAUCUAUUUUUUUUUGCAAUAUGGACAGCCAAUAAUAAUAGAUCAAAGUGGAAAUGGCAUUUUGUAUGUGCGAAUUGCACAUAUGGUCUCUUAAAAAACACUACACGGUACCAGAUGAUGUCAUUGGAUUUCACUGUUAUCAUGACAAAGGAGAGCAAGUAAACAAGCAAGAACAACCUUACAAUGAAGAAAAACAACAAUUUGAAGAAGGCAGAGAUAUUACUUGGACACCUAUGAAUAAGAGGCCAGAAAGACUGAGAGACACAAUUAAAGAAGUUGAGGAUCUGUUGGCACAGUUUACUUGUAUAAAUACAAGAUGGAGAAAUCGGCAAGUUUUACAAUUGCUUCUCAGCAAUGCCUGUAUUGUAACACUUUUCAUUAGUGGCCAUUCUGGGGACAUAGACAGAAUAUUCAUUGAUAAAUCUUUAGUAGGAAAAUUGAGUUGUGAAACUAUUUGUGAUGCUUGCCUCACAGAUCAGUUUUUUAUUGCAUCACACAGUCACAUGAGCCGCUUAGAUUAUGCUUAUUUUACCAAAAGACCACCUCUCAAUGAAGCUGCUAAACGUCUUGACAAACUUUCAUCAUGGGAACCAAAGGUAACCCAGGUGGAUAUUCCAGGUCCUAAAGGUAGACGGCUGGACAGAUGUUUUUCUAUGAAUACAGUUCAAGAUAUGAUGCUGGUAUGGUGGUCUGUUGGAAGUGGUGAGGCCUGGCCUUGGAGUCCUAUGUCUAAUGAUAAAGAACGAGCUAACAUUACUAUCCUUUCAAUUAAUGGGCCAAUGAUUGAUGUUAUGGCCUACACAAAAACAGAGUGUGACCCAGUACAUUGUCAAUUCAGUACUCUGCAGCCACACCGAAUAUUUACUCUAGAGCAAGAGUUUGGUGGUCAUGGUGAGGUCACAGCAAGAUCCUGCACUUAUGAAAUUAUUCGAGGACAAUUGCAAACUGCCUCAGUGGUAAACAUCCCAUUAAAAAGUUCCAUUGUGUGUCAAGCUCGAAACCCUCAAGAAGAUAAACUGUUGUUGGGAUUAUCUGAUGCUUCUUUGGUGAUGUAUGAUGAACACAGAAAAGUGACCUUGUUUACUCGUGCAGCUGUGCCACCAGCCAGCAUCACUUGGCACCCUUUAGGAUCUGUUUUACUUGUGGCAAGUGCUAGGGCUGAUAUACAGCUGUUUGACAGGGCAUUAACUCCGCUUGGAAUUCAAUUGGUCAGCGAAGAGCCAGCAGCAGACAAGUUUCUAAGAAUUAGUAAAUUUUUCAGGACGUCUGUAACUUUAAGAGAAAUAGAGUGGUGUCCCUUCUCUCCCCAUAGCUCUGAGUUUAUGACAAGUAAUAUGGAUGCAUUAUUCUUGUCAUUUAGCAGGGGUCCAGUUGGGUUGCUACAAUUCCAUCUUGGUGUAAGAAGCAGAGAAAGGUUUUCAUGCUUAGAGUUGGUCAAAGAAUAUGUGAAACAUAAGCAGAUAGAUGAGGCAGUCAGUUUGCUGUCAAGUAUGAAUUGGGACAACGAAGGACAGGCAUGUUACGCUUGCUUGUCUUACAUUGUUAUUCAUUUACUGCGGAUGCCUUUAAAUGCUGAUAGAGAAGCCCAACUAGAAACAGCACUUGCAACUUUCUAUGCACCAAAACCUGCAAUAUCAGAAACUACAAUAUUAGAGUACAGAGAUCCUAUUAGUCAUCUUGCCAGGAGAUUUUUUCACCAUUUAUUAAGGUAUGUCCGCUUUGACAAGGCAUUUCUUUUAGCUGUGGAUAUUGGAGCCAGGGAUCUUUUUAUGGACAUCCAUUACAUGGCUACAGACAAAGGAGAAAUGGCUUUAGCUGAGGUCGCUAAACGAAAGGCUGAACAAAUAGAAUCAGAAGGACUUGACACAUUAGAGGUAUUUGAUGUGGAUCCAUACAUCCUUACACCCGGACAGUCUUCUCACAAAAAUAACAGCAACAGUAAAAACUGUGAUGAUUAUGAACGCAUUAUUGAUGAGCUUCCUAGUUCUAGACAACAUCCUUGGCAGCAAGAGUACUACACUAGAUCGGCAGAAAGAUUUUCAGUGAGAAGAGAAAGGCCGGAGGUGGGCAUUGAACCACAAUUUUCUGAUGGAUCUUUUCCAGACCUAGGUGAUAUGCAUCUCAAUGAUGAUUUAAUAACAGAUUAUACCACAGCAUUAAUGGGACCUAAAGCUAAUAGUUUAACCGGACCAAGAGAUGUGCAGCGUGGUGACUUGGGCAACCAGGAGGUAAAUGAAGCCGGCACAAAAGGAAAAGUCAAAGUCAUACAUUUUGGAAUCGUUUGACUUCUAAUUAAAUGUGAUUUUUUAACUAUGAUCAAUUGAGUGUGUUUGAUGAAAUGUAAAAAAAAAUUAAAUCUAGUAUGGCCCAGA